GAUCCACAAAAAAAUAUUUUUCCCCCGAUUUAUACAGUGAAACAGAAGCAUUCGUUACAAAAAAAAAAAAGAAACAAAACCAAAUCAAAUAGUUGGGUGUCGGAAAAAUAAACAUCACCAUCGUGUUCUUCUGCCAUUAAAUCUUUCACCAUCUUCCUUCCUCCUCCAACUGUCUUAGACAGCUAUUCUCCACCUCUCUAGCUUUCCUCUUUCUGCAUUCUCUAUCAAGAAAAACCCAGAAAGAGAAGACAAACUUAAAAAAACAAUCUUUAUUGUUAAUUUCGACUCAAAAUGGGUUCUUCUACUUCAAAAACCUCAUCUUCAGCUUCAGCUUCAGCUUCUUCUACUUCUUCCUCUUCCUCCCCUUCUCCGGCGAUUCAUAAAGCUUUCUCCUUUCCGACGCCGUUAGUUCACCAUCCUCCGGCUAGAAAAGGCGACACUCACCACCUCGUUUCCCUCACUUCCACCUCUUACGGCUCUCUCUUACUAAAAAAAUCUUCCGACCAAGACACGCCUCCUCGUGUCUCAAUCUCCGACAAGAACACGACGGAUCCGGUCUCACUCGACUCGUUCUCCCCUGACUCGGUCAUUAACACGUGGGAGCUCAUGGACGGGUUAGACGACGAGUUCGAAUUCGAAAACCCCAAAUCCGGUAAGUCUAGUUCCGGUAAAGAUUCGGUUUUUUGUCCUAAACCCGACCCGAAUCGAAAUGGGUCUGCGUUAAAAUUGGUGAAGACGGGACAAGAGGAAGAGGAUUGGGUCCCGUUGUCUUAUAAAAAAGCUACGAAACCUCUUUGGAAGCAUUUGUCUGAAGAAUCUUUCUUGUCUGGUUUAGAUCCUACCAUUGUCUCUUCUUACAAGAAAGCUUUGUCUUCUAAGCAGUUAACCAAUCAUAGUAUCAUCAAUGUCAAAACCACAAAGCCAAGAUCUGUAUGCUCUAGUCCAUUGAGUUCACAAACCAAACCGAGAUUAUUACAAGGAGGAGAAGACAAGAUUGUGUUAUACUUCACAACUCUCCGAGGAAUUAGGAAGACUUACGAGGAUUGUUGUUGUGUAAGGAUGAUACUGAGAGGGCUUCAAGUAGUGGUAGACGAGCGUGAUAUCUCUAUGGAUUCUAAAUACAGGAGAGAGCUUGAAAGCUUGCUUGGUGUUGCAGAGAAACCAAAACCGGUUUGUUUGCCUCAGGUGUUUAUUAGAGGGAGCCACAUUGGUGGGGUUGAGGAGAUUAUGAAGCUGAAUGAUAGUGGUGAGUUAGCUGAGAUGUUGAAAAGUUUCCCUGCUUGUGUGUGUUUGGGGACGUGUCGGAGCUGUGGUGAUGCGAGGUUUGUGCCUUGUGGUAACUGUGAUGGUAGCACUAAAGUGUUUGUGGAGGAAGAGGAGAGGUUCAAGAGAUGUUUGAAAUGUAAUGAGAAUGGAUUGGUGCGUUGUAUUGAGUGUUGCCGCUAAGUAACUUGUUGAUUGUGUAAGAGAGAGUGGUGAUGAUUUCUUGGUAAGAUGUUAUUGGGGUUAGUAUUUUUGUAUAUUGGAAUAAGAAAUGGCUCAAAGGCUAACUAUUGUUACCCUCUUCUGUGGUUGUGUUUUUUUGUUUGUUUCAGAUCUGUUUUGGCCUUACAUUUUUAACAUUUCAAGGGUAAUGAUUAUUACUAUUUUAUUGUUAGCCUAUUUUAUUAUAAGUACAUAGUGUUAGAUGAUGAUUGUUAAUUCGC